AUGGUUGAGGAGUUGAACACAAAGCAUCAAAUGGAUAUUACCAAAAUUCAUUUGAAGAAUCGCUACAAAACCUUAAAAAAACAUUUUUCGCAAUGGUACGAUCUAUUUAGGGGAAUUUCAAUGAGCGGGUUCUCUUGGAAUUCGUCUACUCAACUAAUAGAAGCGGAGGAAGAAGUAUGGGAUAAUUUAAUAAAAUCAAAACCUGAGGCUGCGUCAUUAAGGACAAAAAAGAUUGCAUACUUCGAUGAGAUGUUGGUAUUAUUUGCAAGGGAUAGGGCAUCUGGUGCACAUGCUGAGACAGCGAAAGAAAGAAAUGCCCGUUUAAAUAAAAAUGAAAAUAUUCAAGUUGAAACAAUUAAAGAAGUUGAUGACAUGUUAGCUAACAAUGAAAUUCAUUUGGAGAACGAAUAUGUUGAUCUUGAUGAUAACAUUCAUGAUGUUAUUCCACCUCCUUUUUCACAAGAACAGUCUUCAUGUGCAAAGAAGUGUAAGAGUAAAAAGAGGAAAUUUGAAGACGACGACGAAGAAGAAGAUAUUAACCCAAAGAUAAUGAAAUCGGUUGAUAAUGUGGCUGGUGCUAUCAGGGAGGGUAAUAUAAUUUUUUAUAGAGCUUAUCCUCGGGAAUAUACAUGGGAAGAAAUUUAUAGAGAAUUGGAGUUGGUGGGUUUGGAACCCCAUGAAUUACCGAGGGCUCGGUGA